AUGCAGAAACAGACGCUGAAAGGCGUAUGCUGCCUGAUGGCAUCGGCUGCGGUGGCGUCUGCCUACCCGUCCUCAGUCGGCCUAGUGAACAUAGCAACAAUCGAGAAAAUACCUAACCCGAGUUACGAGUUCAACUACGCGGUCAACGACCCCUCCACGGGCGACAACAAGGCCCAAUGGGAGAGGCGCCACGGGGAUGUUGUCAAGGGCGCCUAUUCGCUGGUCGAGCCGGACGGCAACGUGCGAUUGGUCGAAUACACCGCCGACGCCGUCAGGGGCUUCAACGCGGUCGUGAAGCGCACAUCGCCCAACGUGCACUCAGAGUCAACCGUGUACGGGCAGAUAGGGCCGCUGGUCCAAGAGGUCCGAGAGGUACAAGAGGUACAAGAGGUACAAGAGGUACAAGAGGCGCCUCUCCUGUACGCGCGGGAGGAGCAGUUAGCCCCCAUCGCCCCUAUCGCCCCCAUCGAGCACGUGGCCCCUCAGGUAGAGCAGUACACCCCAGUAGUGGAGCCGGUGCAAUACGCACAAGAGCCUAUUUACAAUGUCCAAUCCCAACCGAUCUACACGCCGAUCGUGGAGUCGGCCCCCCUCUACGCCCAGUACCAGGCGUUGGACUACUUGCCCUACGUACAGGCGCCCCAGCCCGCCCCCUGGGUGACCCUCUCGGGCACCUCAUACGGUCACAAGGGCAACAUUGUACGAAGAUGGGCCGCCGGCCCCAUCUCCCUAGACGGUAAGACGCUCACCAUCAGAACUAAGCAU